AUGAAACCCUUCUUAACCGGACACGAGGAGUUAAUUCAUGAUAUAAAAUACGACUUCUAUGGUAAACACAUUGCCACGGUGCUGUCGGACCAACAUAUAAAAGUGUUUGACUUGGAUUCGACGACAUCACUGUGGGUCCUCAAUGACCUGUGGAAAGCCCACGAUUCCCUGAUUGUGCGUGUUUCAUGGGCCCACCCUGAAUUUUCCAGUUCUAAAAUCCUCGCAUCGUGUUCGUUUGAUCGUACGGUUAAGAUCUGGCAGGAACAGCCGGAUGAAUUGCAUGGCCUGGGGAGACGAUGGACUAAAUUGGCAACAUUGGCUAUUGAGAGUUAUGCCCCGAUUUACGACGUUGUGUUUGCUCCAAACCACUUGGGAUUGAAAUUGGGAUGUGUUGGGUCCGAUGGGAUUUUUCGGAUUUAUGAAUCGUUGGAGCCAAGUGAUUUGUCACAGUGGGCAUUGACUACUGAGAUCCCUAUUUUGAACCUGCUGUUACCAGCAAAGAGUCUUCAGAGCAGUUUUGCCAUAGAAUGGUGUCCGUCCAAAUUUACCACUACGGAAAAGUUUAUUGUGGUGGCAUUAGACCAGGGGUUUAUCUAUGGAACGGCCCCCAAUCGAAAUAAACUCGAUGAUUCUGGUGACCUGCCCCUAUCACAGUCCCAUGAACCUAAUAAGGAAUCGGAAUCAAAGUAUAUCAAACUAGGAAACUUGCCUGAACACAAUGGGUUAAUACGAUCAGUUAGUUGGGCCCCAUCCAUGGGUCGUAACUACCAUUUAAUAGCCACUGGUUGUAAAGACGGAUAUGUUCGUAUCUUCAAAGCCACCGAAACUCCACAAGGGGACUUGAAAAUUGAAACCUUGGCGAAAUUAAGUGAUCAUAAACUGGAAGUAUGGCGGGUCAAUUGGAAUAUGACUGGUACUAUACUUUCUUCUGCUGGUGAUGAUGGAAAACUACGAUUAUGGAAGAGUAACUAUUUGAGUGAAUGGAAAUGUAUGAGUGUUAUUAAUACAAGUAAUCGUUCAGACAAUAGAGGAAUAGAAGCUGAACCUAAAUAG